CAGAGGAAUCACUCAUAUUUUAAUUUCUGCUUCACCAGAUGCUCCUGCCCUGCCCUGUGCCUCCAGGAGUGUGACCCCCCAGUCCUGGGGCACCCACAGCUGAGAUGGUGGCCUUUAACUGGAAGGCUCUGGAGAACUUCCCACUGCUGAUGUACAUUUUGGCAGCUAAAACACUGAUCCUUUGCUUGGCCUUUGCUGGAGUCAAAAUGUACCAGAGCAAGAAAAUCGAGGAGAAACUGAAGAGGGAACGAGAAGAAAAGCUGAAAGCAGAAGCAGAGAAGAAGGAUGAGUGAAGAGUCCCUCAGGUGUGGAAUUGAUCCCAGUUCCUGGGCCUUUGAGGAUGCCCUUGUUCCUCCCAGUGGGAUUGAUUUGGAAUGUGAAAUUGGAAUAUGAUGAGCUCUUGGAAUAUUUGGGACUCAUUCUUUGUGGGAGUUGCAUGAACCACUGUCCUGUUUGAGGAUAUUUUAGCACAAUAUUCCCUCUCUGUUUUUAUCUCCCUGGAUUUCCAUGCCUGAUUCACAAAGAGGGGGGAUAAAUUUGGAAUAACUGCAGGGGAGCAGGCAGGCAGGAUGCUGCAAUCAGAACUCUGGAUCUCAAGGCACAAAAUAAAGAGAAAAAAUAAUCA